AUGAAUCAAAAUAAACAAUAUUAUUAAGAAGAAUAUUAAGCUCCACCACCUAAAAUAAAAAAGGCUAAAAGUUUUGAUGAGGAUGAUAAUUUAGAAGUAAUAAAUAAAAUUUAGUAGAUAAUUAAAUAAGGAUAUGGUAUUCAUGAAGCUUUGAGAAUUGACAUUCUAGAAUUUUAUAAAUCUUGCAGAACUUAAUAAGAAUAUAAAAAUCCAGCAGAUUUUGUAAAGCAUAGAUUAGAUGGCAAAUAUGGACCUUAUUGGUUUGUAUUUAUGUGGGAACAUAAAAAUGGAUUGAAUGCAUAAUACAGUUAUUAUAAUAAUGAUGACAAAGUUUUUGAAUUCAAAGUAAUAACCGUUGAAAUUAUAAGUUAAAUGGUUGGCAUGUCUUGAUUUAUUCAUUCAACUAAACACAGCAACCUGCCUAAUUUAAACCAUAACCAAGUGGUUAGACUAUGCCUUAAUACAAUGCGUAUAAUAAAUUAUAUACAAUUUCAGAUAGUUUCCACCUCCACUUUAUGAUCAUAGAUUUGAUGAUUUUUAAGUUGAUCCCAGAUAUCCUUAUUCUUAAAUGCAAUAAGGACCAUCUCAAUUUAGAUAAGGAAGAUGGUAUUGCUGA